AUGUACAUGCCAUCGCAUGAUCGAAUCACCGUACGUACUAGAGAGGAAGAAGUUGAAGAGGAUAGGAAGAAGAUCAAAAGGCCUCGGGCGAAACUCACAUGUCUGAACUGCAAGCGAAGGAAGACGAAAUGUGAUAAAUGCUACCCUUGUUCAUCGUGCACGACAAGGGGUGAAAGUGAUUCGUGCCAUUACGAAGAGGGAUAUGAACCCAGCUCUCACAAUUUGUCGAAUCACGAAUACAAGGCAAUACAAGAUCGAUUAGAAAGGAUUGAAAAUGCUCUCUUAUCUUCUCCAAGACCAUUUACCUCACCACCAACUACCAGUAGGCGACGUAUGAGGGGAGAAGGAGGAGCAGCGACACAGGAAAGAGCCCACAGCGUGCUGGUAGCGUCAGGGAGCAAACCUAACUAUGGGCCUUCACCGACAUUCCAAGAAGAUAUGAACCCUAUAUACCCAGCGGUCAGAUCAGAUACAUUCCCGAAUAUCAUACCUACUACUACCCAGGCGAGAUCGGCCAGAUGGCAUAGAGAGAUGCAAUUGGUUUUCGAUACUUUACCGAAUGAACGUCAAAUGGAGUUUAUAACGAAUCAUUAUUUCUCGAAAAUGCAAUUUCUAGGUCUGCAUAUCGUGGAAGGUGUCUUUAGAAACGAAAUGACACAAUUUUUAUCGCUCAAAUCACUCAAUUUGCAUUUUUCUGUGGAUCCCGCUUGGUUAGCUCAGCUGGUUUGCAUUUUAUGGGUGACGUGCCAUUACCUUACGAAGAACGAACAGCUUCUUCGAUCCGAAGCGAUGAUCAACUUGGGAUUGAACAAAUCUGGUCUGAUAAAUCUUGCCAUAGGGUUAUACGAUGCUUUGGAAAUGGCAUUCAACUGCUCAGGGUGGUUGUUCAGACCCCAAUUGAGGAUCCUGCAGACGUUGCUCGUACCGAUAUAUCUCAAUAUGCAGGGAUGUUAUCAUACCGGACCAUUAUACGGCCCACCAUCCGAUUGGUCCUGCUGUCUAUGGUUCGACAUCGCCGUAGGCAUCUGCAAAGGGUUGGACUUACACCUAGACCCAAAGAUAGAGGACAUAGCCAAAUUGCAAGAUCCAGCUCUACCACCUUCCAGACCUACAUACAGUAUACAAAUGAUUCGACGAGUCUUCCACGACUUGUUACUGUUCGAUACGUACUCUAUUAUCAACUCGACCGACGUAUCGAGGAAGUUGUUACCUUAUGCCUUUCCUGAUGGUAAGUGA